AUGGAUCUUGAGACCGAAAAUACUAGAUCAAAACAAAUCAUAGAAGAAAAUGCUAAUCUUAGGAUCGGAAAUACAAGACUAAAACAAAUCAUAAAGCAAAAUCGAACUACUAAUGAUCCUUCGCACUCUUCAGUUUCUCCACAAAUGCCUAUUCCAUUGCCAACUAAUGGCCAUUCUAAUGAAGGUGAUAGCACUGAUCCCGUAAAUCUAGAUCAGAUACAG